AUGACUCCUGCUAAUAUUACUGCCAACAUCAACUCUAUUCCUAUGCUAAAUGGCUCUAACUUUAAGUCAUGGCAAGAGAACCUCUUGAUAGUUCUCGGAGUCAUGGAUCUCGACCUUGCGAUAAUGGUUGAUUCUCAUUCACCUCUUACGGAUAAGAGUACCUCUAAUAAAAAGAGGGGUAUGGAAAGGUGGGAGAAAUCAAAUCGCAUGUGUAUGAUGAUCAUGAAGAAGGCCAUUCCGGAAGCAUUCAGGGGCACAGUGUCUAAUAAGAUUACUACGGCUAAGGAGUUCCUUGUGGACAUUGAAAAGAGGUUUGUCAAGAACGAAAAGGCUGAAAUAUGUACGCUCUUGACAAGUUUAAUUUCAAUGAGGUAUAGGGGCAAAGGCAAUAUCAGGGAGUACAUCCUAGAAAUGUCUCAUCUUACUUCAAAGUUGAAAGCACUUAAGCUUGAACUCUCUGAAGACUAG